AUGGGAAAUCACUAUACACCGAGGUAUUAUAACCUUGAUAUGGGUUAUGGAGGCUCAACGACUCCGUCGGAGAUAAGGAAGGAUUUUGAUUUCACCGGUCAACAAGAUAAUGCAACACCAACAGAGUCAAUUUCGGAUUCUCAAUUUCCUCCGUAUUCAACACAGCGUGAGGUAGAAAAUAUAAAUCUCACAAAUGAGGCGGUGGAAGAACCUGACGGUAAAUGCGUUCCAUGGAGUGUGGAUGAUGACAAGAUACUUGCAAGUGCUUGGCUCACAAUUUCAAAUUGCAGCAUUGUGGGUAACUCUCAACAUGAAGAGAGUUUUUGGAAACGAGUUGUUGACUACUUCAAUGAGAAUCGAAAAUCUGGACCACCACGAAAAUAUAAAGUAGUGAAAUCACAUUGGCAUUGGUUGAGUCGGAUGGUUAAUGAGUUCAACCAAUAUUACAACAUAUUGGUCGGCGAUCAUCAUAGCGGGUGGAAUGAUGACCAGAUCAAGCAACACGCACGUGAGCUAUUUCAUCAGAAUAAUAACAAGCAUUUUUUACAUGAACAUGUGUGGGUGUUGUUGAAAAAUGAUCCGAAGUGGAAGGUAAAUAUUCCUAUGUAG